AUGGCCUUCUCCCCACCCAGCCUGAUGAACGCCCCGCACCCGUUGAACCCUACUAUGAACGCUAAUCCAAUGAACAUGCCGCAACCAAUGAACGCCCCGCACCCGCCUACUAUGAACACUAAUCCGAUGAACAUUCCACAACCAAUGAACGCCCCACACCCGUUGAACCCUACAGCAAACGCUAACCCAAUGGCCUUCUCCCCACCAAACCUGAUGAACGUGCCGCAGAAUGCUAAUCAACCCAGAACCCCAGAACAACAGGGGACUUCUGUUCCAUUGCUGACCACGCCUUCUGACGAUACUAGCACACUUGAAGACUUCCUCCGCUAUGUGCAUGUAGAUCCCAACUCCGGCCCAAUCAUCAAGGGCCUGAACCAACUGGGCAUCACACACUGGUUGAUGUUCAGAUGCUACGAGGUCCACGAACUCAUCGCGGCAGUUUUCCCAGAUGGCCCUUCCCAAGCACUCAUCAAGGCUGCAAAGCAUUGCGGCAAUCAAUUAAGAAUGCAACAAAGUAGAUUAGAAUCUCAGAAGUAA